AUGCCUGCCCCCAGGAGACUCAAGUGCUCGCUCACCGAGUGCAGGCUCCCCGCAGCGCCCAUCACAGGCGACUGUACUUUCUGCGACGGUCACUAUUGCAGCAAGCACCGACUAUUGGAGAGCCACAAGUGCAAGAACCUCGAAGACUGCAAGAAGGAAGCAUUCGAGGCAAAUGCCCUGCAGCUCGAAAAGGAGCGGACGCGGGUUAUCAGGGGCGUAUAA